AAUGUCUCUGAAAUUCGAUUCCAUCACUUUUCAGUCUCAAAAAUUCACUUCUUUUGCUCUUCCAUUAAUGCCCCGCCUCAGCUCUUCCAAGUUUUGCAUGGCCUCCAAAGCUCCUUGUUCGGGCACCAAAGAUGAGGUUGAGAAUCACAAAAAGCGUUUCAUGCCUCGUCAGAAGGUGCAUGUUGAGGUCAAACAUACGAUGCCACCACAAAAGAUUGAGAUAUUCAAAUCCUUGGAGGAAUGGGCUGAGAACAACCUUCUAAUUCAUCUCAAACCAGUUGAGAAAUGUUGGCAACCCCAAGAUUUUCUUCCAGAUCCCACAUCCUCUGAUGAAUUUGAUGAGCAAUUCAAAGAACUAAGGGAAAGGACAAAGGAGAUUCCUGAUGAUUACUUUGUUGUUUUGGUUGGUGAUAUGAUCACAGAAGAAGCCCUUCCAACUUACCAAUCAUUUCUUAAUUCUUUAGAUGGAGUUCGUGAUGAAACAUGUGCUAGCCUUGCUUCCUGGGCAAUUUGGACAAGGGCAUGGACGGCUGAAGAAAACAGGCAUGGUGAUCUACUUAACAAGUAUCUCUACUUGUCUGGUAGAGUCGACAUGAGACAAAUUGAGAAGACAAUCCAGUAUUUGAUUGGAUCAGGAAUGGAUUUUCGUACAGAGAAUAAUCCAUAUCUGGGAUUCAUCUACACAUCAUUCCAAGAGAGGGCAACAUUUAUCUCCCAUGGGAAUACAGCCAAGCUUGCCAAGGAUCAUGGGGACACUAAGUUGGCUCAAAUUUGUGGUACAAUUGCCUCAGAUGAAAAGCGCCAUGAGACAGCCUACACUAGAAUUGUUGAAAAGUUGUUUGAGAUUGAUCCUGAUGGAGCAAUCCUAGCCUUUGCUGACAUGAUGAGGAAGAAAAUCACAAUGCCAGCACAGUUUAUCUAUGAUGGCCUAGACGACAACCUUUUCCACCACUUCUCAGCUGUUGCACAAAGGCUUGGGGUUUACACUGCAAAGGACUAUGCUGAUAUUCUCGAGUUGUUGGUGGAGAAAUGGAAGGUGAAGGAACUGUGUGGACUUUCAGCUGAUGGGCGUAAAGCUCAGGAUUAUGUUUGUGGACUUCCUCCAAAAAUUAGAAGGUUGGAGGAGAGAGCUCAAGAAAGGGCCAAACAAGCACCCAGCAUUCCAUUCAGUUGGAUUUUUGAUAGAAAAGUGAAGCUCUAAUGUCUGAGAAAUAGAUUAAAAUGAAUUAUAUAAGCAUGUAUUGGAAAAAAAUUAUAAAAACCUUUAAAAUAAUUUUUCUUUUGGUCAUGAUUAUCUAUGAUCAACUGCAUCUUUGUGGUCCAUUGAUCUUUAUGAUUUAAUUUUGGACUUUGCUUUUCCUAUAUCUUUGUGAUCGUUGGAGAUGAAAUU